GAUCAUCACCGUACCCUCAAACCAACACCACCAUCCCUUUCUUCAAUCCCACCUGGUAAAAAAGAAGCGAUACAUCUUUCUAACUCUCUCUAGAAUCAAAAAAAAUCCUUCGAAAUGGCAGGCAAAGGCAAAGGAAAGGACCAGGCCUAUCACCCAGCCCCAGCCAGCGGCUCCACUCGAAGCAAAGAAGAAGCCACGAAAAAAAGCUCCAGACAAAACUUGGAUAGAUUCAUUCCAAGCCGACCAGACAUUGAUAAUGCGCGUUACAAGCUGACUGACGACAAAGAGAAUUCAGCCGAGAGCUCUGCACCCGGGAAGGCAUACCGGCAGCAACUGGCAGGAGCCCUCAACAUAGAUCUGAAGUCUCGGAUACUGGCUUUCAAGAAACCUCCCACCCGGCCAGCUGGGGCCAUAGCAAACCCAAACGACUACUACUCGGCAACUCAGCAGUCAAAACCUACAAAACCCGGUCGACACAUUCCCCAGACUUCUGAGAGAACGUUGGAUGCUCCUGGCUUGGUAGAUGAUUACUACCUGAACUUACUAGAUUGGGGUAGCAGCAAUUUUGUUGCUAUUGCUCUUGGAAACACCGUGCAUCUGUGGAAUGCUGCUAAUGGAGCCACAUCUCAACUCAGCACUGCUAACGACGCAAAUGGCCCUGUGACCAGUGUCAAGUGGGCUCCAGAUGGACGACGCAUUGCCAUCGGCUUCGACAAUUCUGAUGUCCAGCUUUGGGAUGCUGCAGCUAAUCGACGGCUAGAAAGCUUGAGAGGUGGCCACCAAUCACGAGUCGGAUCUCUUGACUGGAAGAACAAUGAUAGUUUGACAACUGGAGGAAUGGAUGGUAAGAUCAUCAACAACGAUCUAAGAGUGAGCCCACAUACCGCCGUAACCUACACAGGGCACCAUGAAGAAGUCUGUGGGUUAAAAUGGUCGGCUUCGGGGCAACAUUUAGCAAGUGGGGGAAACGAUAACCUCCUCCACAUAUGGGACGACAGAUCCACGGCUUCUUCUCGUCCCCGAACACAGUGGCUUCACAGGAUUGAAGACCACACUGCGGCUGUUAAAGCCCUUGCUUGGUGUCCAUCCCAGGGACACUUACUGGCCUCUGGUGGAGGCAGCCGUGACAAGUGCAUCAAGUUUUGGGACAUCCGCACAGGGGCUCGAAAGAACACAAUUGACACCGGCUCGCAGGUCUGUGCUCUGCUGUGGAACAAGAAUGGGAGUGAGCUUCUUAGCUCUCAUGGUCCUACACAGAAUCAGCUUACACUUUGGAAGUACCCGUCAAUGGUGAAAGUAACUGAGCUCACUGGCCAUGAAUCCAGAGUUCUUUCCAUGGCUCAGAGCCCGGAUGGAUGUACAGUAGCAUCUGCUGCAGGGGAUGAACUGAGAUUUUGGAAUGUUUUUGGGACUCCUGGAGUGGCCAAACCUGCACCAGAGCCAGACUUCGACGAGCCCCGCAUCCGCUAAGUGGAACUGAUGUAGAACAAAAUCUCUACUGAUUUUGUGGAAAGAUUUGGUAGGGUCAAAUCAAAGAAGAAGUAUUACAAAUAUAUUCCAGUUAUGGAAACAAUUGAAUUUUAGAAUUUUCUUUUUAAUUUUACCACUUGUUUUGACAUUUUUUAUUAGGGAAUAAUAUUAGUAGAAGAACUUUUUUAGUGCUCCCUGUUUAGCACAAUUCUAGAUUCAUAUUUUCUAUUUUUCUAGAGUUUUUUUUUUAUUUUUUAUUUUGUGUUUUGCUUGGUCCCUACUCUAAGUUUAUUCUUUGUAUAAGUUAUCUUAUUAACUAAAGCCUGCUAGGCUACUAACUAAGCGUGCUGCGCUACUACUAGUAUAAAUAAGGGUUCAACUCUCCUUGUAAUCCAUUUAAUUAAUCAAUAAAAAUUCACAGUACUUUCUA